GCUCAGCAUAAGCCAAAUGAAGCUCCUGUUGGUUCGUCUAAGGAACGCACACAUUUGAUGAACUCUCUACAACCUCUUCUUGACGCUAAUUCCAAGAUUCUCAUGUUUUCUCAUUGCAAUUUACCUGGUGCCAUUAUCACUCUUGACACUAAACCCAGUGCCUUUGCUUUACGUAGGUAAUAUGAUAUCUCACUUGCAUAUGAGAAGUUAUUGGAUGAACAAGUUCAAACGUGGUUGAAUGAUCAUGUUAUCGAACCAACUCCUGCCAAUACUAGGUUUAGCAAUCCUAUUCUUUUUGUUAUUAAGAACGCUGACAGAAUGCCUUUACCUCUUAUCAGCGAUAUUCAUCAACGUAUGGGUUCAUCUACCAUCUUUACCACCUUCGACAUCAAGCAGUGCUUUCAUCGUUUUCUUAUUCAAGAAUCCGAUAGACCCAAAACCGCCUUUACUGUUCCUAGAACUGGCAUGCAAUAUCAAUUUCGUCACUGUCCUUUUGGAUUGACAAUUACUGGUAACAUCGUUUAACGUAUCCUUACCAACCUUUUUGCUGAUCUUCCAUACACUGCACUCUACAUUGAUGAUCUGUGCGUAUUCAGUUCUGGAUCCAUGAAUCAACAUAUGGAAGAUGUUCAAGAAGUUUUAAGACGUCUCACAUCGGCAAAUCUCAUCAUCAACGUCGAAAAGACAUACUUCGCUCAAAGUUGUGUGAAUGUUCUGGGUUGGACUAUUGGUGACAAUGAUUCACUCAUUUCUGAUCAACGCAAGUUGUCAAAUAUCGAUGUUUGGCCUACACCUACUACUGGUAAACAGGUCAUGAGUUUUUUUCGGGCUCGCUAGCUAUUUCUGUACAAGUGUUCCAAUAUUCUCUCAGCUCACAGCUCCUUUU